AAGUACGAGUCCAAAUGCAAAGCAAGCGGACGAACAGCUCAGACGGUGCCUCAGUUGAGGGAAAGGUUUCGAUACAUCAAAAUUUACGUUGAAAUAUAUCGGCCAUAAAGAAACGGAAAACCACCUGUCGAUCAGAUGAAUAUGCACACUGUGAAAGGCCCAAAUCACGCAGCAAAUACGAUCUCUGGAGUCGUUUUGCAUCUUUUGCCUUUUUGAAGGUAAUUUGCUGUCACAUUGGCAAUUCUAAGAGGAACAGUAGGUUGCAUCCAACCCAUUUUAAUGCAUCGCAUCUUGGUCAUAGGAGAGUUCUUAACAAGGAUCUGAGGAAACAUUCAACUAAAGGCAAAGAGACUGUUGAAAUGUCAAGUCUUGAGCUAUCUUGUCAGACGGUACUGCAAGGCCCACAAUGUUCAGAGAAUGGGAUCAAACGUGAGAAUGAGACUCUGGAAGCAUCUGGAUCUCAGCAGAGCAAAAUAGAUGGGACAAGCAUUAAAGAGGAGACAAUAGAUGGAGGAGAUAGUGCCCUUGGUGGAAACAGUGGAUCAUGUGAGAUGACAGAAUCUACAGGAACUGUUCGUUCACACUGUAAGAAAAUAGAUGGGACAAGCAUUAAAGAGGAGAGAAUAGAUGAAGGAGAUAGUGCCCUUGAUGAAAACAGUGGAUCGUGUGAAUGUAAGAAGACAGAAUCUACAGGAACUGUGUGUUCACAAUCAUGUGGAUCUUGGCAAAAUAAGGAAGAAAGAGGAGAUAGGGCCCUUGGUGGAAACAGUGGAUCACAUGGAUGUGAGAUGACAGAAUCUGCAUUAACUGUGUGUUCACACUGUAAGAAAAUAGAUGGGACAAGCAUUAAAGAGGAGAAAAUAGAUGGAGGAGAUACUGCCCGUGGUGGAAACAGUGGAUCAUGUGGAUGUGAGAUGACAGAAUCUGCAUUAACUGUGUGUUCACACUGUAAGAAAAUAGUUGGGACAAGCAUUAAAGAGGAGAGAAUAGAUGGAGGAGAUAGUAUCCUUGAUGCAAACAGCGGAUCAUGUGAAUGUGAGAUGACAGAAUCUACAGGAACUGUGUGCUCCCACUGUAAGAAAAUGCAUGAAAUAACCAACACAAAUGCCAAAAUGCUUCAAUGUUUCUUUUGUGAUUGCUCUUUUUCUGAAGAAAAGCAGCUUACGAAACAUCUCCAAAAUCAUGUUGGUAUAUUGAAUUCAGACACAUUUCAAUGUUCGUCUUGUAAGGAGUCAUUUUUGUCUAAUUCUGACCUUGUAAGGCGGGACGUCAAUAUCCGGGAGGGGUGUGCAAACGCGUUUGCACGCCCUCAUUACUUUUCAUGCACGGGCUUGCACGCCACGAAGUUAAUGAGGUUGAAUUUGCAUAUCAAUAGAGCACCCUUGCGAUCAUCGCGGAGUGACAUAACGAGCCCGUGCAGUCGCGUUCUGGCACUUCUAUUGUUCCCGGGCGCGAAAUUAUUUUUCCCACCGAGUUCUGGACCAACAUAUGAAUAUUCAUGACUUGCGUCUUCGGAUUAAGAGUACGCAUGCGCGUGGACUUCGCCUCGACGCGAGCCGGUCGUAAGCAUUCACAUUGCUAAGAAUGAAUUAGCAUCGUCAAAUUACCGGUACC